AUGGCGGUUUCUCGCAAUGGCAGCAGCAAUACCGCUCACGUCAAUAUGAUGACGGACAGCGUUAUAGCGAACCUACCACCCGAUGGUCUGAGAGUUAUCAUCCGCUCACUACUGGCAUCGCACCCUGAUAUCACCGCGAGCUUUGAAGACGCAACGCGACAAUACCUCGCUCAGGCACAGACAAGGACGUCAAAAUCUCAGCUUGCCGCUCUUGAUGUUGGAGGAUUGGAGAAGACCCAAAGGAUAGCUCGCUGUAUGCUUGGCUCUGGACAAGCGUUUGAUGGUGUUUCCAUUCUCGAAAGACUGGUUAUUCGCGGUGUUCAGAUCGCUCUCGACUCACCGGAAACAGAGAAACAGAGAGUUAAUUCACUCCUCGCUUCUUUGGAUGGUGACUUGGUCCAAGCCAUGACAGCUGUGACGAAGAAGCUUGCUGUGAGCUCCGGGGCACGAGCGCUUUCUCCAGGAGAACAUGAUAUCAUCCAAGCACUGUUUGAGUCUCUUGCGCAGUGUCAACGGAUGCUGAAGGACACAGGCAUGGAUUUUCCCUAUGGAAGGGGAAUGCUCACAACGGCAAACAUCUUGCGUAUUGAUUUGCCGGAGUCGCCAGAAGGAAGAUUGAAUAAGAUACCUUCUGACAUUACACGUCCUCUGCCGGCCAAGGAAACUUUUCAACUUGACGAUAGAAUAUUGCCUCGCAUUUUCUCGGGCUUAUGGCAGAUGUCAAGUCCAGCCUGGGGCUCCGCGCAGAUGACUGAGAUCAUUGACGGAUUCUCAACGCAUGUUCAGAAUGGAUUCACUGCUUUCGACAUGGCUGACCACUAUGGAGAUGCUGAAGUUUUAUAUUGGGAUAAUCCCCAGUAUAUCGACGCGCUACAAUAUUUGGCAGAAGACAAGCGAGUGGCUCGGAUCGGUUUAUGCAACUUUGAUACAGAACAUCUUGAGCAUGUUGUCGAAAGUGGAGUCAAGAUAUUCACGAACCAAGUCCAGGUUGGUACUUCAGCAAUCACUGAUGUAGCCGGUCCUGACAAGAUGCAGUUCUCGCUAGUUGACUCGAGACCUACGUUCAAGAUGGCAGAUGCAUGCUCGCGCCAUGAUAUUAAGCUUUUGACGUAUGGCACUCUGUGCGGUGGAUUCAUCGCAGACAAGUGGCUCAAUGAACCCGAACCAGAUGUCUACGACACUAACAUUACUCCCAGCCAGAGAAAGUACUAUGGAAUGAUAUGUAGCUGGGGCGGCUGGGAUCUCUUCCAAGAGCUGCUCAGCGUCCUUCGCACCGUCGCGACAAAACACGAAGUCAACAUCUCCAAUAUAGCUACGCGCUGGGUCUUGGACUUUCCUUAUGUUGGAGCAGUCAUCAUCGGUGCCAGGAUCGGCAUGAGUGAGCAUACAAGUGACAAUGCUACUACUCUGGGCUGGAGUUUGGAUGAUGAUGACUGUGGGCUGAUUGAAGAGGUCUUGGAUAGGAGUAACAGAGCCGAGAUGUUUGAGACGAUGGGUGAUUGCGGUAAUGAGUACCGGUAA